CAAUCGUACCAGCUUCAGUUAACAAUGACUACUUGUACAAGCCUAUUACUGUUGAUCGGCCUUGGCCUGCUGGCCGUCGAUGCGGCCACUCCCUGGUGGAAGACAGCCUCGUUCUAUCAGAUCUAUCCGCGAUCCUUUAAGGACACCGAUGGUGAUGGAAUCGGUGACUUGAAUGGCGUCACAGAGAAAUUGGAAUAUCUGAAGGAGAUCGGCGUGACGGCCACUUGGCUGUCGCCGUUCCUCAAAUCCCCCAUGGCCGAUUUUGGUUAUGACAUUUCCGACUUCAAGGAAGUGGAUCCACUCUUCGGCACCAUGGAGGAUUUUGAAAACAUGGUCGCCCGUGCCAAGGAGCUGAAUGUGAAGAUCAUCCUGGAUUUCGUGCCCAAUCACUCCAGCGAUGAAUGCGACUGGUUCAUCCGCUCUGCUGCUGGCGAGGAGAAGUACAAGGACUACUACAUCUGGCAUCCCGGCUUCGUUGAUGCCAACGGGCAGCGCACUCCCCCCACCAACUGGGUGAGCGUGUUCCGCGGCUCGGCCUGGGAGUGGCAUGAGGGCCGCCAGGAGUACUUCCUCCACCAGUUCCACAAGAAGCAGCCCGACUUUAAUUUCCGUAAUCCUGUGGUGCGCGAGGAGAUGAACGAUGUCCUUCGCUUCUGGCUGGAGAAGGGUGUGGACGGCUUCCGCGUGGACGCCAUCUACCAUGCCUUUGAGAUUGAGGCGGACGAGAAUGGCAACUAUCCCGAUGAGCCCCGCAACGAUUGGACCAAUGACCCCGAUGAGUAUGGCUACACACACAAAAUCUACACCGUGGAUCAGCCAGAGACCCCUCACUUGGUAUACGAAUGGCGUCAGAUCCUGGAACAGUUCCAAGCCGACAAUGGUGGCGAUGAGCGCAUCCUCAUGGUGGAGACCUGGUCCCCCAUUGAGAUCGUCAUGGACUACUAUGGCAAUGCCACGGCCGAGGGCGCACAGAUACCGUUCAACUUCCAGUUGAUUAGCAACCUGCACUACGACUCCGAUGCCUAUCACUACGAAUACCUGAUUAACAACUGGCUGAACCAGAUGCCAGCUGGCAAGAGCGCCAACUGGGUGAUUGGUAACCAUGACAAGAACCGUGUAGGCUCCCGCUUCGGUGCCGACCGCAUCGACCUCUUCAACAUCCUGCUGCUGACGCUGCCUGGCUGCAGUAUAACCUACAACGGCGAGGAGAUCGGCAUGCUCGAUGGCUACGUGUCCUGGGAGGACACUGUGGACCCGCAGGCCUGCAACGGCUACGAGGAGACCUACAUGGACAACUCUCGCGAUCCCGCACGUACCCCGAUGCAGUGGUCUGACGAGAAUAUGGCCGGCUUCACCACCGCAUCGAGCACUUGGUUGCCAGUGGGCGGUGACUACGCCCACGACAACGUGAAGUCCGAGCGCGGAGUCUCUCUCAGCCACCUGAACAUCUUCAAGCGGCUGCAGCAGCUCCGCAAGGAGCCCACCAUCGAAGAGGGCUCUGCCGAAAUCAAGGCCGUCAACAACUACGUCCUGGCCGUCAAGCGUUACCUGAGCGGCAACUACGUCUACAUUUCGCUGUUCAACGUUUUCGACUCCAUCGAGAAUGUGGAUCUAACGAAGGUGUUCGGUGGACUUCCCGCCAAAUUCCAGUACGCCCUGGUCACAGAUAAAUCCAUCAAGCAGGUGGGCGAUCAGAUCUCGGCUAGCAGUGUCACCCUCAUGCCCCACGAAGCCAUUGUGCUGCGGUCAACAACUAUGGUUUAAUACAUAUGUACACAUAUGUAUGUACUUGCUUUGUUCAAUAAACAUAAUGCUCCACA